CUCCCUUCUGUUUCCGUAUUCCUUGGUGACUCAAUCUCCGGAUUCUCCUCUCGACGCCGUCUAGAUUGCAGCUUGCGAUCUCCUCCGGGUUCCUUUUCCCCUUUUUAUUUGGUUGGCUGGUGUUCGGCGGUAGAGAUGGGUUUACUGAGUGCAGCGGCAGAGUUGGGUUCGCUGGAGUGCGGUUGCCCAGUCCGUGAUGAAGGAUUCCCCGCCAACAAAUGGUUUCAGAUUGGAGAAAAGGGAAGCCAAAAUUGAGAAGGAAAGGAGUGUAUGGCCGUAGGUGGAGAAAAUGGAGAGGAGAAUCAGUGAAAGUUGCAGAAUGGAAGCUGUAUGAUGUGGUGGAUGAAUGAGUUUUCUCCGAUUUGGAUUCUAGAGGUGGAAUUAACUAUGAGAAAGGAAGAAGAAAGUGGAGGUAGGCUGAGGUUUGAGUGAUGAUCAGUGAUGGAAAAGUUGAUGGUGGCAGUGAAAUCGAAAAGGGGAAAAGGGAGAAGGAACCAGAGGGAGACGAAGGGGUAUGCGGCUGUAAAUAACCGGAGCCCCUUCCUGUCGAAGGGCUACGGCUGAGCAAUGAUCGGGAAGUUGGAUGUGGAUCCGGUAAUGAGUGAUAGAUGAUUGGCUGGCCUUUGGAAGCUUGAUCGAUGGCCGAAAAAGACAAUGUUCAUCAACCGAUUAGAGAGAGAAGAACAGAGAAGAAAAAUCGGGGCUUUUGGCUGCGAAGAAAAAAAAGAAAAAAUAAAACCCCUUUUAGGGU